AUGACCUCGACCGAGAUCCACCGGUCGAAAGAUGGUGUGCCGCAGUGGGAUGGGGACUCCGUGAGUUUCCAAGACUAUGAAGAACAAGCUCUCCAGUGGGAACAGGGUAUCCCAUACCACAAAAGAUACUUAGCUGGACCCAAACUAGUGGCAGAACUGAGUGGGCCCGCCAGAAGGUAUGUGAUGGGGAAGAGGCCGCAAUGGUUGUCAUUCAAUGGGGGUGUCCUCCACUUACUACAACACCUCCGAGAAUGCUUGGGAAGGCCAACGAUCCCCGAAAUGACAGAGUACCUGAACAAGUACUUCCGCCAUAGUCGAAGACGACGAUUUGAGAACAUGAACACCUACAUCACCCGCAAGGUGGAAGUCUAUCAUCGAGCCCGACAGUCGCUCGCCCGGGUACAGCAGUUCUUUGGGAAACAUCACAGAGAUCACCGUGAACAUGAGUGGCAGCAGCGCCGUUGGAGCCAAUCUUCAUGGGAUGAUUGGCAGGGCACCAACUGGCAACGUCAGCCAGACCAGGAAGAACACGAUGAGGAGGAGCAAUGGUAUGAUCCUCCGAGUGAGGCACCGGAUGCACCUUCGUGGCACCAGUCACAAACCAGCUAUGGCUAUGGGUACAACCCCGUGGAUGAUGAGCCAUGGAAGCUGAACACCGAUGAGCUACCAGCCUACCUCCUGAAGCAGACCUACUCGAAGAUGCAUGGUGUCACUUGCCUGCGUUGUGGCAAAGGACAUAGAACCUCAGAGUGUCCUGAGAAGCCUCAGGAUCAGAAGAACCAAGGACAUGUGACCAUUACCGAAGAGGCACCCUUCUUUUGCUUCACCGAGGAGGCCCUGACCGUCAACGGCCUCGACACUGCGCGCACUACCCAGGAAGCCGUUCUUGCUGGCUGUGCAGUGAUUGACGGUGGAGCUACAAAGACGUUGGGCAGUGUAGCUGCCAUUCAGGCAGUCAUGGAUCAGAACUUGGGAAAGCACGGCGAAAGCCGCAUCCAAGCCGUCGAUCCUCAGAACCAACCACAGUUCGGAUUCGGAAAUGGUUCACAAGACAAGUGCAUCUCCACCACUCAGUUGAAGGUGACAGCCAAUGACCGCCUCACCAUGGUCAGCCAGAUGAAACGCGCCGACCUGAUCGCAGCCCUCGAAGAGCUGGGGGAAUCUCCUCCAGGACGCUGGACUGUGACAGAGAUGCGCAGCCGACUGAUGCACCUGCACGAGGAACAUGGCAUCGUGCUGGGCAAGACCAAGCGCACCUCACUUCAGGAAAUGGUGGUUCAGCUGAACAAGGCCAGUGGUCGAAAGGCCAACCUCCAACAACACUGCCAGGACUUGGGAGUGCCCUUCACGGGCAACGAGACCAAGGCCCAACUCCAGAAGUCCGCCAUGAUCCGCAUCUACGAGAAGAGUGCCCCGGACCCUACCGACCCGGUGGGAUUUGGGAAGGGAGCAUCCCUCACCUAUGCCGAAAUCAAGGAGGAUCAGCAGUACUGCAACUGGGUGAAGCUCACAUGGCAGGAGAACCCAAAAUCCUGCUGCCCUCAGCUGGCACGCCUUGCCCAGUGGCUGUUGAACGAGAAUGUCAAGAUGGAACCGGACGAGAACCCCAAGACCUCAAAGGGUUACCCGAGCGAGCCCGACCUGAAGGUCAUCUCUCUCAAGAAAGAACCAUCACGUGCCGCCAGCAGCAGCGCUGCCAGCAGCAGUGUGCCCUCCUCAGCGAUUGUCGAUGUUCUCCAGACCUUGACCGAGACGGUGAAGGAGCUGAAGGACGAGAUCCAAGAUGCCAAGGAAGGGAAGCGCAAGGGUCAGAAGACCAGCUCGGACUCCGAGAGACUAGGUGGCAAUGAGUUUGAAGACAUCACACAGGAGGUGCCCACAGAGACUCAGUGGCAAGAGGACCAAGACGAGCCCAUGCCACCAGCCCCUCGUGAGGACAACACCGCUGUGGAGAUGGACAUACAACUUCCACAAAGCAAACGGCAGUGGCAAGAGUUCAUACAAGACCCAGGACCAGUUCAGAGAACAACAGGGAUGACCUCGACCGAGAUCCACCGGUCGAAAGAUGGUGUGCCGCAGUGGGAUGGGGACUCCGUGAGUUUCCAAGACUAUGAAGAACAAGCUCUCCAGUGGGAACAGGGUAUCCCAUACCACAAAAGAUACUUAGCUGGACCCAAACUAGUGGCAGAACUGAGUGGGCCCGCCAGAAGGUAUGUGAUGGGGAAGAGGCCGCAAUGGUUGUCAUUCAAUGGGGGUGUCCUCCACUUACUACAACACCUCCGAGAAUGCUUGGGAAGGCCAACGAUCCCCGAAAUGACAGAGUACCUGAACAAGUACUUCCGCCAUAGUCGAAGACGACGAUUUGAGAACAUGAACACCUACAUCACCCGCAAGGUGGAAGUCUAUCAUCGAGCCCGACAGUCGCUCGCCCGGGUACAGCAGUUCUUUGGGAAACAUCACAGAGAUCACCGUGAACAUGAGUGGCAGCAGCGCCGUUGGAGCCAAUCUUCAUGGGAUGAUUGGCAGGGCACCAACUGGCAACGUCAGCCAGACCAGGAAGAACACGAUGAGGAGGAGCAAUGGUAUGAUCCUCCGAGUGAGGCACCGGAUGCACCUUCGUGGCACCAGUCACAAACCAGCUAUGGCUAUGGGUACAACCCCGUGGAUGAUGAGCCAUGGAAGCUGAACACCGAUGA